AUGGCAGCACUCAGUGCGAUCCAGAGGGUCGUGGAGGAAUAUCUCAUCAGCGUCGCACCAAGCACGCCGGAAUAUGGCUUUUUGACCUUGGUGCCCUGGAGCUCGCAGGAGAAGCCGGCCAACGUGUUGGCAUCUUGCGCAGAUUGUGGAGAGUUGAGGUUGGAGAGCAUCGCCCAGAUAGUGGAACAGCACGAGGUCGUGUUGAUCGUAUCCGUAUACAGGAAGAAGAAGGAGAAGAGACGCGUGGUAUGUCUUCUGGACCAUCUUGGGGUGGCUCAUCCCGACGUGGUCGUCUUCCUGGUACAGCUUCCAGAUCGGUUGGAUCCCGAGCUGACCAAGGCCUACCUUAAUAAACUGAUGGUGCGGCAUGACGAGCUCUACAGCUUUAGGGCGGAUGGCGUGCUGAUGGAGCUGGCAGGUGACCCGGGGGUGCUGCAACAUAGGUGA